UUCGGCUCGAGUUACACAGGCAGCUUCAUCCACCUGCUUAGGUGGCUCCACGGGGCGGGCCCAUAGGCCAGGAGGGCGGGGCACUUAAGGAGACUUAAAGAGCUCCCCAGGUUCCUGCCCGCGCCCUGACAGCCUCAGCGCUCACCAUGGCCGAGACCACCAAGCUCCAGCUGUUUGUCAAGGUGCUGGCAGGCGAGCGAGGAUGGGGAGAGCGUGGGGCACUGCCCCUCCUGCCAGCGGCUCUUCAUGGUCCUGCUCCUCAAGGGCGUGCCCUUCACACUCACCACGGUGGACACGCGCAGGUGAGACCCCACCCUGGGGCGCCUCCCUGGCCUCCGCAUGCCGGUGGGCCAGCCCCCUCCUUCCCUGCCGGUGCCCACAGGUCCCCGGACGUGCUGAAGGAUUUCGCCCCCGGCUCACAGCUGCCCAUCUUGCUGUGCGAUGGUGACGCCAAGACGGACACGCUGCAGAUCGAAGAGUUUCUGGAGGAGACCCUGGGGCCACCCGACUUCCCCAGCCUGGCGCCCCGAUAUAGGGAGUCCAACACAGCGGGUAACGACAUCUUCCACAAGUUCUCCGCGUUCAUCAAGAACCCGGUGCCCGCGCAGGACGACGCCCUGUACCAGCAGCUGCUGCGCGCCCUCGCCAGGCUAGACAGCUACUUGCUCGCGCCCCUGGAGCACGAACUGGAGCGGGAGCCCCGGCUGCGCGAGUCGCGCCGCCGCUUCCUGGAUGGCGACCAGCUCUCCCUGGCCGACUGCCGCCUGCUGCCCAAACUGCACAUCGUAGACACGGCGUGCGCGCACUUUCGCCAGGCGCCCAUCCCCGCCGAGCUGCGCGGCGUCCGCCGCUACCUGGACUGCGCGAUGCGGGAGAAGGAGUUCAAGUACACAUGUCCGCACAGCUCGGAGAUCCUGGCGGCCUACCGGCCCGCCGUGCGCCCCCGCCCCGCCCCUGCAUCUGCGGCCCCAUAAAGGUUUCUCUGCCUGA